AUGAACUGCGCCUCGGGGAGCGUCGUGCUCCCUGCCGGGGAGCCGCCGAGAGCCGCCGCCGCCCCGCUGGAGCUGCCGGCCGGGGCGGGGGAGGCGAGCGGGGACACCCCCGAGGAGGGCGAGGGCCGGGGGGGCGGCUCGGAGAGCGGGGCCGCCGGCGGCGACAAGCCCGAGACGCGCUCGGUGUGCAGCAGCAGCGAGAGCGGCAGCGGCGGCCACGCCGGCGGGGCCGGCCCCAUCUGCAAGAUCUGCUUCCAGGGCCCCGAGCAGGGUGAAUUGUUAAACCCUUGUCGCUGCGAUGGCUCAGUACGAUACACCCAUCAGCUUUGCCUGUUAAAGUGGAUAAGUGAAAGAGGGUCAUGGACCUGUGAACUCUGCUGUUACAGAUACCAUGUUAUAGCCAUUAAAAUGAAAAAGCCUUGUCAGUGGCAAAGCAUUACUAUAACACUGGUUGAGAAAGUGCAGAUGGUUGCUGUAAUCCUAGGAUCUCUGUUCUUAGUAGCAAGUGUGACUUGGCUUCUAUGGUCAGCCUUCAGCCCUUAUGCAGUAUGGCAAAGAAAGGACAUCCUUUUUCAAAUCUGCUAUGGAAUGUAUGGUUUUAUGGAUCUAGUAUGCAUAGGACUGAUAGUCCAUGAAGGUGCAUCUGUUUAUCGAGUGUUUAAGCGCUGGAGGGCUGUCAAUCUACACUGGGAUGUGUUAAAUUAUGAUAAAGCCACGGACAUAGAAGAGAGCAAUCGAGGAGAAUCCUCAGCAGGGAGGACAUUGUGGCUGCCACUGACUGCAUUUAGAAACAGAAGUUUAGUUCAUCCAACACAGUUAACCUCACCGAGAUUUCAGUGUGGCUAUGUGUUGUUACACCUGUUCAACCGCAUGAGACCUCAGGAGGACGCAUCAGAGGAUAACUGCUCUGGGGAAGUAGUGAUGAGAGUGACCUCAGUGUAAAGAUGUGGCUCACUGUGCUACACAGAUAAGGAGGACGUGCCCUGGUGUUACAGGACUUUGGAAUGUAGUUAAGAUGAAUGGUGAAACCAUUAACACUUGAAAAAAUAUAUACAUGUCUUUUUUUUAAAUUUAAUGGUUUUUAUAUGAUCAGAUAGAACACAAAUACAUUUUUCUGGGGGAAAAAUGUCUUGCUUUUUAUAUAGUCUGAUUUAUUGAAUCUUUUCUCAAUUUGUACCUGAGGUGUAUGUAACAUAGCUUAACUCUUAGGUCUUUGAAUGAUGAGGAAACUCAUUUUUAAGUAA